UCUCUCGUUAAGAGCGGACGGUCUCACUUUUAUUAGGGAGACAUUAAGAAGACAGCAUUUAUUUUUCACGUUCAUCCAGGUGUAGGAUUCCGAAGCGAAAGGAUUCGAUUCCUCCGGUUUAUUUUUAAUGGAUAUUUAUUUUUAAAUAAUUGAACCCAACGCGACCAAGGGCAAGCUACAGAGAAUGUCGUUUGAAGAUUAUUUUAAUAUUUUUUAAAAUCGUGUUUUUUCCACUGCGUUUGGAUUGUUUUAUGAACAGGAUUCUGGAUGCAAAUCUCCACGGAAAUUAAUUUGCGUAAAAUCCGCUGAUCAGAACUGCGCACAUCAUACAUCACCACACACCCUACAACACACCAUCAUCAUCAUCAUCAUCAUCAUCAUCAUCAUCCGGCAGAGGACAUAAACAGUUCCCCCGACUGAAGGAUGGAGCAGAUCAGUGAGUGGCUGUGGAAGCAGGAGUACUGGCUUCCUCCGGGAAUCAGCUGGGCGGAUAUGGAGAAGAUGGAGGGCUCUCGGCGUCCUCUCCCGCGGGAUCUGCUCCUGGCUCUGCCUCUAGCUCUGGGAUUCAUCAUGCUUCGUUACGCUUUUGAGAGACGUGUGGCAUUUCCUCUCAGCAGAGUUUUAGGGGUGAAAGAUCGAGUUUGUUUGAAAGUCACUCCUGCCCCAAAUUUGGAGGCAUUUUAUACUAAAAACAGCAGACAGCCAACGCAGACUGAGAUCAACAGUCUGGUUAACCAGUGCAACCUGACUCAAAGACAAGUUGAGACCUGGUUCCGUAACCGCAGGAACCAAGACAGACCCAGCAACAGUAAGAAGUUUUGCGAGGCCAGCUGGAGAUUUGUGUUCUACCUGGUGUCUUUCACCGCGGGAUUUGCGUCUUUAAUUAACACGCCCUGGUUCUGGGAUCAGAGAGAGUGCUGGAGGGGAUUUCCUCAACAGCCGGUUCAGGACGUUCAUUACUGGUACUACAUGCUUGAGCUGGGCUUCUACUGGUCUCUGCUGCUCUGUGUGUCUGUGGACGUCAAGAGAAAAGAUUUCAAAGAACAGAUUGUCCAUCACUUUGCCACGAUCUUCUUGCUGGGUUUCUCGUACUGCUCCAACUACAUUCGGAUCGGCACCCUGGUGAUGCUCGUCCACGACUCCUCAGACUUCCUGCUGGAGUCUGCCAAGAUGUUCAACUAUGCCGGCUGGAAGAAAGUCUGCGAUUCACUGUUUGUGAUUUUUGCUGCUGUAUUCCUGGUUACACGUCUGGUUGUGUUUCCCAGCAAGAUCAUCUACACCACUCUGGUUUUGUCGAUGGAAGUGUUUGAGCCCUUUGUAGGAUAUUAUUUCUUUAAUGCGCUGCUGCUGGUGCUGCAGGCGCUGCACAUUUACUGGGCUUAUCUCAUCCUCAGAAUGAUCUACAAGUUUCUCUUCUUAGGGAAACUGGACAAGGACGAGCGCAGCGACGUUGAAAGUGAGCCAGAGGUGGAAGAGAAUGAGGAAGAACAAGAGAAGGAGGAAGAUCAGUCGUCCUGGAGGAAGAGGAAGGUGGUUCUGGACUCCAGGCUGGCGAUGCUCAGCUCCAGCUGUGUCUUAAAUAACUUGACUAACCAGAAAGCCGACACGAACAGAAGACUGCCGAAAGCAAGAUAGCAGCGUUGCCUUUCCUCAUUCAUCCAUAAAAUAUUAUCAUGCACUGUUUCAGAGACACAAACAACACAAAUCACUCUCAUUUACACCAGUAACCAGCUCAACGAUGAAGUAUUUAUGAGGGAGUGGUAGAUCAAUGAUUUUCUUCAUGAAAUUCUCUUUAUUUAGUUGCACCUCGUAUCGCUACUAAAAGAGUAGAAUUGAACUGAAUGGAAAUGAAAAGACUGGCUGACGUGUGCAUUUAGUUCAUGACAGAUCAGCAAUGAAAAUCCAUAUCAGUAAUGUUCAGUCUGUAAUAAAUAGACUAUAAAUGACUUUUAACUGAAAAUACACUGUAUUUAUUCUGCACUUGUAUGAUAAAAAAAUACUCAGAGGUCUGUUUGAAAUGAAUGAUUUGUUUUGUAAAUAUAUCUGUAGGUUUCAUUUGAAUGGCACUGUUGAGUAUGUUUUAAUGUAUUCUGGUAGAAUAUAUGAAUAUAUUGUAAAA